CAUACUAUGCUACUAACCUGUCUGAUCACAACAGUGGAUCAGGAUGACAGCAAACACAGCAAAGGCCUUCGGGCCAAUGUAGGUUGCCAUUGUAGAGGAGCUAGUUGAAGUCUUCUUCUUGCGGUAAUGCUGUAGAUCGAAUUCAACGGUGGAACUUUUAAACCAAGGACGGACGAGAGCGUUUGCCGUAAUACCAGGAAGACGGCGAAACAGGGCGUUUGUCGCAGGAAUGUAUCAGGUUGCGGCGAGGGAACCAAUAGUAUGCGCUGUUUACCAAUGCAUGACCGAACAUAUAUCUCGCACACCAGGAAGCUGUAUUGAAAUUGAAAAUACAAAGUCAGGAAUUCGGUGCUCAAAACAGCUUUCGAAUUACUAGGAAUUCUGAAAUAUCCGCAUUUGCAAGCUUACGCUAAAGCUCAGCUGACAAGGUAAGUUUCGUUUCUCGUUCGUUUCUUAGUAUCGUUGUUUCGUUGUGAAUAAUGACCGGAUCUUCGCUUUUAUACAGCGUGCAUUUGAAAGAGGGUUUAAUAUCGUCAUAUUUGACAAACAACGCCUCCGUGCGAGCGUUCGCAUUUUCGAUUGAAAAUAUUUCACUUCGCUGUGAGGAAAAUAGUCGCAUCAUUUUGCUUGCCGCUGCAGAGAAGGUACUAUUCUACAGAGGUAGGUUAUAAAUGGCUUAUUAUUUCGAAGGGUUUGAUAAUUAAACAUUGUCAUUGCAACUUAUAUAUUGUAUCGCUGUUUGACAAUGAUGUGUAUUGUUAAAUAUAUACCAUUAGAAAUGUAUCUUAGGCUAUCUUGGGUAAGGCUCGCCGCUCUUCUUGGGACGAAACUCGCUACCAAUCACCGACGUUCUUGAAAGGACGAACUCAGCUCUUAUUUCCAACCAUUUCUGUACUAGGCGCGGGCUAGGCAGAGCCGACUAGACCUUUGCGACAAGAGAAGACUUGGAUAAACUUCAAGACAAGUUAACCUCUAUUCUAAAGCGAGUAAUUCUAUCCACACUAUUUAAGGGAAGUUUUAAAGCUGCCGUAAGACAUUCAGCCCAGUUAGCCAGUCUCAUCAAACAACUCCAUAGGUGGUGGCCUUGAAAUACAAUAUGCAACAGGUUUGCCUGAAGAAUGUUGAAUUUCCAGACGAAGCCCUAUCACUUGAAACGUCAAGUUGUAUAUUCAGAUCUUGAGAUUCUUCAGGCAACGCUCAAAGUAGUUUAAUAAUGGUAGACUUUUGACAUGGCUAAAGCUAUUCAAGGCAAUAUUCAAUCAUCUGAACACGUACAGGCUAUUCAGAACGCGAGUUAAUUGCACAAAUAGUGGAUCAUUUCCCGUUCCUACGCUUCUCAGUAUAAAACUAGCGAGAAUCUACGAAAAAUUAAAGCCUAAAGGCUGGGGUUUAUACUAUCAAAGUUUCUGCGAUCACAGUAGGAAUUUUGCAUGGGUAUAAAAUUCUUUGGAGGAUUUGUAAGAAUUUUUUUAGGCAACUGCCUACUCAUUGUUUAACACCGAGUCGUUUCCCUCAAACAUUUCUUACAAAUCUUUCAAAACUUAGAAUUUACCUUUGCAAAAUUCCUACUGUGAUCACAGAAACUUUUAUAGUGUAACCCAGCCUUUAAUAAUUAACAGAAGGCUUCUGUGAAUAAUGCAUCUUUUUCGACGUUUAAUUCCUGCAUGCAUGAAAGUUGUUUUCGGAUUUCUUGAUUCUCACACGGAAGUUCGCAAAUUGUAUUUUGCGUUAUCUGUGCCCUGGCAGCCAACACGCAGGAAUAGCUGGCUAGCUUGUAGUUAUAAAUCACAUUUAUUCAAAUAUUUUUUUACGGGAGCAUUCUUGCGUGACCUGCCUGACACUGUCAUGCUAUAGUUUUCUUGUCUAAACAGGCGCUGUUGUCGAAAGGGCUCUUUGAAAAUAUACGAACUUUGUGGGUAAUUCCGCUCUUCUUGAAAGCGAUUGAAAAUUUGAGCGUUUAAGAAUUGCGCGUAGGCAGUGUGACAUAAUAAACAGAAUUGAUGAAAGCUUAUAUGAAAAUACAAGUAGGAGGGGCCUGCGCUCUUCUUGUAUUUUUCGGGUAGUUUAUCCUUUAUAUCAAUCGACCGUUCGAGUUUAAGCCUGAUUUCAAUAUGGUCGUAACGGCCGUAAAGAUUGAGUUACGAUCUUUCUCAUCAGCCGAAAUACAACAUUUUAGAACUGAAAAUACGCGGGUGAUUAUUACUAGAGAAUACUUAUGAUUUAUAUGUGGUUUACAGGUAUAAACUAUUAUAAGCUGGCCGUUGAGAAAGACGUGACUCUAUUUUUACGACUAUUACGACCAUAUAUGGAAACCAGGCUUUUAUGUCCGUAUGCUAAAAGCUCACUCACACUCAAUGAGUGGAGAUUCAACCUGAUCUUCCGUUGAGUGUCAAUGCUGUUUUUGAAUAGCUGGAGGGUGAGUAGUCACAUAGUAAGGUACGACAUUAACCCUCCAGCUAUUCAAAAACAGCAUUGACACUCAAAAGAAGCUCAGAUUGAACCUCCACUCACUGAGUGUGAGUGUGAGUGUGAGUGUGCAGGGGCGGAUCCAGACUGUAGCAACUGUAGCAAAUGCUACAGUCAGAUUUUCGUGCAAAAGUAUUUUUAAUACUGAAUGUGGUGAUAGUAAAAAUUCCUUAUAGAAGUUUUCCAGUUUCUCUAUCUCAAAAAAAUUAACUUCCGCAUCUUCGACCAGAUGUCCGUACGUUUUUUGUGAGCUACGAAUAUUAAGUUACGUUUUUACGCGCUUAUCUUAACCUGAAUUUUACCCAAAACAACGCCCGCUUUUAGGGGAAAUCACCUAAAUUUUUUAAACAUCGUUCAAAAAGCGUUCAGAAAAGUGGUCUAAAUAUAGCGAUUUAUGACGUCAAAAUGCUACAGUCAACUGGGGGUCUUACGUCAAAAUGCUACAGUCAGCGGGGGGACGAGUUACUAAAUUUAGCAUUUUUGCUACAGUCAGAUGAAGCAAACCAAUCACAGUGCUGCAAUGCGCUACAGUCAGCUACAGUCAGCUACAGUUGCGCAAUUCGAUAGGAACUUUAGAGCGAUGUUAUUUGGCUAUAUUUGUUUGCGCUUUUACCGAGCCAAUUUCUUUCGAAGAAAAACUAAGUAGACUAAAGCGCUAUGUGAGGAUGCCAUCGGCAGCAAAGUUAAGGCCGAUCGCCUGAAAGAUCGCGAGGUAUUUGUGUGUGAUUUUUCGAAAUUACAAUUCGAAACGGUGAAAGAGCGCGCUCGUUGAACCACGUUCGGGUCAGGUAAGCUUGUGAAUAUUAGAAUAUAUUAAUAAACUUAACAGAAUAUAAAUGUAAACGCUCCGUGCCAGUGUUUGGAAAUUGCGCGCCGGAGAUUUCGAAAAUUUAAUAGUAAAUAUAUAGAAAGCAUCAAAAUUGCGCGUCCGAUAUUUCCGCCGCGCGAUACAAACUUUCCACAUUGACAUUGGUAAAUGAUAACAACACAAAGCUUAGGAUUGAGAGAUAGGGUACGUUUUAUACUGAAUUACCGUAACUCAAAAAUACAAGCAAAACCUCGACAUUUGGCUUGUAUAUUUAAGGGGUUGAAUCUCUGUUAAUCAGAAGGUUUCUUUCAGUAUAUAAAUGUGUCUGUUUGCGUUAUAUAUCGUUCUGCCCAUUGAUUUUAUGCAUUGAUUGUAAUUGUGUUUAUAUGUAUGUUACACAUGUGCGGUAUGAUAUUAAAUUACAUAUUAAUAUGGGGAGGAAGGCUGGUCUUAAACUUUGGAUACAGUAAUUAAGAAUGUAGAUCUGGUAUGACUUGGUAUGUCGUUUAACCAUUUUACUGUCUCUUUACGUGUUUUUGUAACUUUUUGUCUAAAAUACGGCCUUAUUAAGGUCAAAUUUUAGAACAGAAUUCGAUGCUCAGAAUGCAGGAAAUGGUGUUUCCGGGCUUCAAAUUUCAAAAAUUUUCCAGGGGGGCAUGCCCCCGGACCCCCCUAGAUUACGUGGUGCCUCCUCACUUUGGAAUUAUGCUACAGUCAGAUUUUUAGCUGGAUCCGCCCCUGGUGUGAGUGAGCUUUUAGAAUACGGGCGUUAGUCUUUACAUAACAAUAUACAUAUAUACACAUUGAAUGCAAAUAAGUUUUCAUAAAAGACAUAUUGUUUCUUUUAAAAACUGCUUGCGGCAAGUUGCGAUAUUGAAACCACAACAGAUAGGGGUAGCAAAUCUUCGAGUUAAGCCCCUCGAGUUAAGCCCUUCGAGUUAAGCCCCAACCACGCCCUUUCGAGUUAAGCCCCGACCACGCCCAUACCACGCCCAUGUCACGCCCAUUUCCGUUGAGGGCUUAACUCGAAGUACAUAACUGGAAUUAGGUACUUCGAGUUAAGCCCUCUAGAAAAUAGGGGCUUAACUCGAGCAAAGUCAAACAUUCUGUUCUUCGAGUUAAGCCCCAGCGUUUGAAAGAUGCAAACGAGUUACGGUUAAUCUGAUCCCAAACAAAUUAAAGAAUCAUUUGGAUCGCGUUUCGUUCAAUCACGGUUUAAUACGUUUUAUUUCAGCCGAUGUAUUAUAUAUAUUAGGGACUUUAAAGAUUGAAGUUUACGGGAAACUGCUAACCGCAAACGGCGAAUUUCAAAUCGUAAUUUGAAGUCAACUGUUAGCUGUUCGGGGUUAGAGCAACUUGUGAAUAAAGAUUGACCUUAUCUCCGGCAAAUUAAGGUCAAUCUUAAAAUAUUAUCAAAUUUUAUACCGGUGUCUCAAAAAAACACCAGACUCUGUUUGAUUUCACGUAACGUAAAAGCUAUGAUAAAAGCUAUCGCAAUGAAUUAAAGAUCAUUGCAUUCAUAAUAGACUAACUUAUAUUUUGAUUAGUAAAUAAUCAUGAACGUGUCAUGAGCUCAGGGCUGGUUUACAAGACGUUUAUGAUAACUAUGCAUACGCAGGUAAUUUAUUGAAGUUCAAUUCAUCAACUUAAGUCCUAAAGAGUAAAUGGAGUUAAUUUUCAAUAGUUUUAGACCCAAUUCUCAACGUGGAAAUAUGCACUUUCGUUGGAAAUAUGCACUUUCACAUUAUAUGGUUCUUACAACUAUUCCAGUCUUCAUUAUAUGAAACGAUUUCAUUAGACUGCACACAUUUCAAAACGGAAAGCGGUCGCAAAAUGUCGAUCGCUCCACAAACUGCGUAAUGCAAAUCUACCUUAUAUUAAAUACCGGGUGUCUCAAAAAAACUGGACAGUAUUUUUGACUUCAUGUAACGUAAAAGCUAUAAAAGCGAUAAUGCAUUCAGAAAUGACUAACUUCGAUUUUGAUAUAUAAUAUUGACUGCGCUAUUGAUGUUAAUUUAAACGUUGAACUAAUGUUUUUGAAAAUAACAAAAAUUAGCAUACAGUAAAAGAACACUUAUAAUUAUAUAUACUGAUGCAGUUAUAAUUGUUAAAUAAUGUUUUAAUUUUGGUUGUAUCUCGCACAAUAUUGCAUGUAAAUUUAAGUGUUUUAUAUAUCAAAAUCUAAGUUAGUCAUUUAUGAAUGCAAUGACCUUUAUUUCAUUGCGAUAGCUUUUAUAGCUUUUUCGUUAUAUGAAAUCAAACAAAGUCCGGUGUUUUGUGGGACACCGGUAUAAAAUUUGAUAAUAUUUUAAGAUUGACUUUUACGGCAGAAAAUGUCAAUCUUUAUUCCUUUAUUAAUAGAUAAAAGUAGCUGAUUCAUAGUCCAAUUUUUAUGCACAAGUUCAGUUGCUCUAACUUCCAACAUCUAACAGUUGACUUCAAAUUACGAUUUGAAAUUUGCGGUUCGCCGUAAACGUCAAUCUUAAAGUCCCUAAUAUAUAUAAUACGUCGGCUGAAAUAAAACGUAUUGAACCGUGAUUGAACGAAACGCGAUCCAAAUGAUAAUUUAAUUUGUUUGGGAUCAGAUUAACCGUAACUCGUUUACAUCUUUCAAACGUUGGGGCUUAACUCGAAGAACAAAAUGGUUGACUUUGCUCGAGUUAAGCCCCUAUUUUCUAGAGGGCUUAACUCCAAGUACCUAAUUCCAGUUAUGUACUUCGAGUUAAGCCCUCAACGGAAAUGGGCGUGACAUGGGCGUGGUAUGGGCGUGGUCGGGGCUUAACUCGAAAGGGCGUGGUCGGGGCUUAACUCGAAGGGCUUAACUCGAGGGGCUUAACUCGAAGAUUUGCUACCCCCAACAGAUAUUGGUAUAAUGAGUUCUUAUCAAGACAACUGUCUCUCUGUAGCUCAGUUGGUUAGAGCGCUGCACCGGAAACGCAGGGGCCGCGUAGGUUCAAUUCCUGCCAAGGACCUAAAGUUGCAUUUUUCGCUUCUGUUCAUGGUUAGGUCUGAUAAAUGUACAUACAUUUCCACUCAAUAAUUCCAUCUACAAUAUCCAUCAAAUACAGUUCUUAUCAAGCCCAUGGAGAUUAGUAUUAACUAGUAAGUAGUUGUUUGUGGUGUUACUCUGAGUGUAUAUCCACAUCGGGCGAGCUUGAAAAAUAUGCCCGGCCACGGUGGGAAUCGAACCUACGAACCGUCCCGCGCUUCUUCCCGCGCUUGCAUGCAUCUCAGCCAAUCAGGUACAAGUAAUUUUGCCCUGAAUUAAGAAAAAAUGCCCUCAUCAUUAGCCAAUCAUAUUUGAGUAAUUUUGCCCUCUAUAUGAUUAUAACCAAAAUGCUGCAUGAUAGCCUUACCCUCGACCUACAUACAAUACGACAACAGUGAACAGGCUUCAUUGAGCGGUACAGGGGAGCAUGCUAGCCUAGUCACGUCCACAAGCGCUACAGUGAUGUAUUUCGCUUCUUUCUAGCAGCAAAUUGAAACUUUGUGUCGCUGGUAAACAUGGGUCUCUACGACGCAUUUCGUGAUAAGCCGUUUCAGACGGCCUAUGGAGAGAAUAAGACGGCGGUGACGGUUGACGUUUUGGAAGUUGGUUUGAUCCUAGCUUUCGUCUUGUUGGCCUUUUCAUUCUUCGUCGUGCUACCUGGCUUCAGACAUAGAGAGGUAAAGAAUGGGGCACGUUGGGAAGGGGGUCUCCCUUAAUUACGUUGGGAGGGGGGGGGACUCUCCCUUCAUCAGGGUUGCCAAUAGAGGCCGCAUCAUUCUUAUACUAAAGAAACGUUCAGGGAAAGGUCUCUUGCUUUUAUAACAUACAUACUUAUAUAUUUUCGCUAAAUAUUUGGAUAUGACAACAUCUACAAAACUACUCCCCAAAAAUGGCUGGAGAUGCCUAAAUUUCAAAACGGUCUAAAUUUCAAAAUGGUCUAAAUCUCAAAAUGGUCUGAAUUUCAAAAUCUUCGUGGGGAGACGCCUUCGCACCCCCCUUGGUAAGGUACCUUCAACCCCACAUAGCCACCCACAGUAUUUUUUUCGAAAAGUUUCCUAGUCCAAAGUUAUUGGGAAGCCGGGUUCAUCGACACGCACUUCUUGCUAAUUAUACUCAAGUUCUCAAUUUGCGUUCUAACUCGAAACGACUUCUCUCAGCCCCAAAGUCCAGUGGGUGAAUUAUUCGCGACUGUUCCUGGGUCAGUUAGGGUUUUAAAUAGUACGUAAAAUAAAUUCGUCCGAAAUUUCCACCUAAGAUUACUGAGAGAUUUGUGUAGCGCAAGUUGACAUGUUUACGCUUACCUAAUUAUACAUACUUAGCCUAAAAUAUUUUAUCUUCCACAACAACUGUGGUAUUACUUUCUUAACUGUGUUUUAACUUAUGUUUAUCUUAAACCCACCCUGUCAACUUUCCCUACGGGAGAAAAUCGGAGCGCCCGGACAAACCCUACGACUUUCGGCGAAGCGUCGACUGAUUCUUUGACAUGCGUGGGCAACGAGAUACCAUGACCACACACAUGAAAGCCCACUUGCUCUGACACCUGCGUCACAGAAAACCUUACAAAAACUACAAAACUCUUAUUCAAAAGAGUUUUGUCAUUAAAUAUUUCAAGACAUGGCCGCCUUAGAACGCCCGCCACUCUUUGAAAGACGGAGAUAGGCAGCCAGGAAUUCCAACGCUUACUUUUCAUCAUAAAUGAAACAUGACAGCCACGAUUGACAUCGCCCACGCGUGCUCUAAAUUAUACACUUUCGAUUGCAAAACGAAAGUAAAUAUUGUGAAACAGCACAAGAGGUCAUCCCUUUCUGGCUUCCUGUGCUUUGUCGCAUAUUUUGUUUCGUUCUUUUCCAUGAUUUAUGUUCAUUUGUGCGCUAAUGAAAAAACUUAAUCUUUGUUUACAUUCCUUAAUCCUUACAAAACUUUCUCGUGUCAUUUAUCAUGAAAGGGUCAUCAUGCACGAAGCCGUAGCACUAACAGCUUCUAUGAUUGGUUGAUUACGACAAUGAAACACAAUUAGACUACAGAAUAAGUUUUCUAAAGAAAGAGCCACAAAGCCUAUAGCUUAAAAAUUAAUAUGUUAAUUAUGCUAAUUUAAUAUUAUAUUAUAUUACAGUCGACUUUUAUCAAAAUGUUUCGGAAGUUUUCGCAACGAAAAGUUCAUAUUGAAAUUCACAAGUCGGUUUUUAAUUGUAAACAAAGCCUCUGAUGGAUUACCCAGUGAUGGAUUACCCAGUAGGCUCAAGCCUAUAGGCUAUACAGGCCCGGGCUUUCAAGAGGCCCGUGAUUUUCAGAUAAUGCACUUGUUAUUGGAAUUAUUAUUAUUUUUGCCCUUAAUUAAGUAAUGAGAUAUUGAUAUAGCAGAUAAUCCCAAUCCCUUGGCUUUCACGAGUGGCGACAUUACUCACAAUUUAACUGCGCAAUGUUAAGGCCCUGUCACACUAUUGCGUAUCGUAGUAGCGUAUGCCAGCGUAUGAAAAAUAUCACUCAUACGCCGGUAUACGCUGACAUACGCUAGGGGUACGUUAGGCAUAGGUUGUAUACGUUUCAAGCACGGUCGCAUAUGGUGGCAUACGGCGAGGCAGAAAAUUUUUUUAAGCAUGUUCAAAAAUUUUGUGCGUAUCGGACUUAUGCUUUAUACGAUAACACGCUGAAUACGCUAGAGGUACGCCAGAUCACAGUUAAUAGAAUGAGAUUAACUGUGGCCAGAUGUACGGUACUCAUACGCUGGCAUUUCAAAGGAUUUUUGUGCGUAUGAAAAUUAUUUCAUUAAUUUUCAUACGCUUCUCAUACGUUUCUCUCAUACGCAAUAGUGUGACAGGGACUUUAAGCACUCAUGAAUCACAUGAAGUACUGGCAUAAUUAAUGGCUAUUUCUGCUGACUUUCUCAAUAAACAUUCCACGACGAGCGAAAUGCGAAAAAUUUCGCGCGAAAACACACUUGUGCGAAAAUUUUCUCUCGUAGUGAUUACAGUCUGCGACCAUUUGUCACUAAUGCUGUACAGUGACGUAGACGUAUAAAUAGAUAUAAUAUUGUGCACUUCAGCACUUUAAUGGCUUUCUAAUUUUAUUAUCCAAUCAGGUGCGUUACUUUAAAUAAAACUUAUAUUAUGUAAACAAGGUCAAUAGACAAUAGACAAGGUCAAGCAAAACAAUACAACGAAAUCGAAAUAUAAACUCGCAAAAAAUAUGCCAGUUUUGUAAAUUCUACCAAAUUUAUUCAUCCCAAAAGAUUAAAUGCUCUUUUGUGUGGUAAUGUCUUUCCUAACAGCACCCAGAAACUUUAUGUAAUCGGUAAAACCGGUAUACUUGUCUCGAAAUUAGCUAAGCAAAUUUAUGCAAGUAUAAUUUUGAAACGAACCAAUGAAAAACUGCCGAUCAUAUUUCGUCGGUAGCUGUACGGCAUUAGAGACCUUAAGAUUGACGUUUACGGCAAACGUCAAACCGCUAGCGAAGUUUUUGAUUUUACAACUCUAUUAUUAUAGCUUUUACACCAGUUUUGAAAUAUGUUAAACUUAUUAAACUUGUACUCUUUAUCAAUGAUUUAAAGAAAGCAAAUUAACCACUAGUCAUGCCAUUCACCAAAGCAGUAAAUUAAGAUUUGGCGUUUGAAGUUGGCGUUUGGCGUAUAAAUUUCAUGCUUGAACUGCUACGAGGGCUUGUAGUCGUUAAAGCAUGAAAUUUAUACGUCAAACGUCAACUUGAAACGCCAAAUCUUAAUUUACUGCUUUGGUGAAUGGCAUGACUAGUGGUUAAUUUGCUUUCUUAAAUCAUUGAUAAAGAGCACAAGUUUAAUAAGUUUAACAUAUUUCAAAACUGGUGUGAAAGCUAUAAUAAUAGAGUUGUAAAAUCAAAAACUUCGCUAGCGGUUUCACGUUUGCCGUAAACGUCAAUCUUAAGGUCUCUAUUAGCGUCGAAUGACAGCAGACUGUAAUCCCGCGCGGGAGCGGGAUGCAGUCUGCGAGCAGACUAUGAUUUCCACAGUAGAGAAAAAAUUCGCCAAAACACAAGCAUUUGAUUGGUUUUGCUAUUUUGUCAUCCAAAACACAAGCAUUUGAUUGGCUUUGCUAUUUCCAUUUCGCAACGGACUAGACACGAAUUCAACUCCCCGGCGAAGAGAAAUAUUUCGCAGAGAAACAUUCCAAGAUCAUGUUGCGCAUGCGUUCAACCCUAUUCGCGCGAAAUUUUUCGCAUUUCGCUUGUCGUGGAAUUAGGCCUUAAUUCUUAAAGGAACGGGAGGGGCGCAAAGAGGCUGAAUUUAAGCGGAUUCCAAUUUCCAAAGGUACAUGUUCCUUAUCGUUGGCUAAAUCAACAGAACUUGCGUGGGAAUAUUAUCCUCGUGAGACUUGCGAAUUUUAUCUAGCUGGUAAUCCGCUACUAUUAUGAUGAGCUUUGGAACUUCGCAACGAAAUUUGCGAACUAAUAAUAAUAAUAAUAAUAGCUUUAUUCAUCCAUCUUAAGAUAAAAAAGUACAAUGGACUUACAAUUACUUGUUUAAGAAAACAUUUCGGAACAUUUUGGCAAAAGUUUUGUGAAAUCGACUGCAAACGUGUCCCUAUAACAAGGCAUAACGACAAAAUUUACUUAAAGAUUCUGUUUAUUUUAUUUAACAUGACAACCCGUCUUUAGGUUUUGUUUUCGUUGAGAACACUUAGAAAUAAUGACUCGUUCAAUUGUGAAAUUACUGCACACUGUGAGAGAACGCGUUUCCGUGUGGGAAAUUAAAUCGUCAUCGUUAAAACGCGAAAAAUUUGCUACGCACGUCAACCAGUUUGUAAAAUAUUAAGGAACAUUUUAUAAAUAACUAAAUUGCUUCCGUUGUCAAGUAAUUAAAUCCCGAAAUUAAAUCUAAUCAAGUAAUCAUAAAAAUGCGAAGCAUUUCCAGUCAAGAGAAUUUGCGUUUUUAAAAAAGAUGAUGAGGAAACAAGAUCAUGACGAAUACCUUCGCGGAAAUGUCAAAAAAGCUCUUUUUCUCUUUAAAUAGAGUCUAGCCUCCACACAAUGAUGUCGCGAGAAGCAUUAUUAAGCCACUCCAAAAACAUUAUUCACCUACGUUUUGGUGCUAUAAUUUUUCUCGCAUGGAUAACAUGUUUUGAAUCUUAAAAGACCUUUCAUAACUUUUGGCACAGUUCAAAACCUCCUCCAAACCAUUUUCGACUCUUUCUCGUUUCGACUCGACGUUUCGAGCGAAGGCCCUUGAAAGGCCCUAGUUACUCCAGACUAAGGGCCUUCGCCUCGAAACGCCGAAAUUCUCCUUAUAUAUUUUCUGGUAGUUGUACCAACGAAAACUUGUUCAUUUUUUUUAAAUAAUAAAUCAUCAUCGUUCGUUUUUAUUGCCAACACAGGGAGACUAAAAAUAAAACCAAUUUUCGCAAUUAGAGUCAAUUUAGGCGUUGGUAAAAGAGCUCUUUCAGCACAAAAAUGUCUCUCAAGAAUGUGUGGCGCUUAUCAUUAUUGCAUAAUUGAUUAUUAACUUUUACAGACACUUAGGGAGCGUAGGGGCAAAGAAUUUGACGACUAAACGUGCUUUAUAACUUACGUGUGCGUCUAAAUUUAUUUUCAGCGACUCUAUGUGGCCAUCCGUAUUGUUGUCAGUCUGUUCAUUGGAGCAGUCAUUAUACGUAAGUGAUAUUUAGGGAUGUUAGGGGAUAGAGGGUAUAUUCAGGGACGAAAUGGGAUAGAGUGAGGAUAGAUGUAGGGUAGAUUGUGCAUUAAUAAGGGGUAAAAUUGUAAAGGUUGAAGAUAGAUAUGGGAUACUUGGAAGGUAGAUUAUGGAUAUAUUGUCCAUAAAUGAGGAAUAGCACUAGAUAAUUGAGGAUUUGUUUAGGCUAUAUUGGUGAUACAUGCAGGAUACUGACAGAACGAAGAGCUGUAGGAUAAUAGAUGAUAACUGAGGAUAGGUUAAGGUAAAAUGAAGAGUUGUAGGAUAAUAGAUAGCUGCGAACAGGUACCUAGAAAUUACCGCCACUAAUCUUUCUAGCUGCGUGCUAAAUUGAGGACGCCCUGCUUGUCCCAUGAAACGGGAUGAGCAUAGCUAACCGUAUGAACAAAUGAAACAGGACACGUACGCCUUGUAUUGGUCCGGCAUGGCUUGACAACGUAGUCUUACGCCUGUAUUCUAAAAGCACACUCACACUCAAAGAGUGAAGGUUUAAUCUGAGCUUCCCUCGAGUGUUAGUGCUGUUUUUGAAUAGCUAGAGGGUGAGUAGUCACAUAGUAAGAUACGACACAAACCCUCCAGCUAUUCAAAAACAGCAUUGACACUCAAGGGAAGCUCAGAGCCUCAAGGCCUGUUUACACGGGCGAUUUUUGCUGCGUUCGGUUGCGAUUUUCUCCUUUUGGAGGAUCUGAAGGAGUAGAUUCACUUAAUGAUGUUGUUAUGAGAUUUCAUAACCUGGAACAUUUAUAACUCAUCCACUCCUUUACAUCCUCCAAAAGGAGAAAAUCGCAACUAAAAUCGCAGCAAAAAUCGCCCGUGUGAACGGGCCUUCAGAUUGAACCUCCACUCUUUAAGUGCGAGUGAGCUUUUAGAAUACAGGCGUUAAUGUACAGUUGAAAAACAUUGUUUCUGUGACUGACGUUUAGUUUCCAACUUUGGUAUGGAAUGGGAGCACGCUGACAUCGAGACCACGACUUUGUACAAGGCUUUCUCAGGCAAAGAAAUCAACGCACACAUCGCCAUUAAGAUUGGACUCAGGGGAGUGAAUGUCACCAUGAAAGGUACAGUACGUUCGUUGCACUUACUUCAAGUAUUAACCAGAAGAUUUUAGGAAAAACAAUUUCUUUUUUGACUUGAAUACCGUAACUUAAAUCUCAAUCUCUGUAGGCUUGAUAGCUCAACAGGUAGAGCAGUGGACUAGAUUCCUGAAGGUUGAGAGUUUAAAUCUCGUGUACUUAUAAAGAAUAAGAACUCAUCACCAAUCUCUGUAAACUUGAUAGCUCAACAGGUAGAGCAGUGGACUAGAUUCUUGAAGCUUAAGAGUUUAAAUUUCGUGUACUCAUAAAGAAUAAGAACUAAUCAUCAAUCUCUGUAGACUUAAUAGCUCAACAGGUAGAGCAGUGGACUAGAUUCCUGAAGAUUGAGAGUUUAAAUCUCGUGUACUUAUAAAGAAUAAGAACUCAUCACCAAUCUCUGUCGGCUUGAUAGCUCAACAGGUAGAGCAGUGGACUAGAUUCCUGAAGGUUGAGAAUUUAAAUCUCGUGUAUACUUACAAAGCAUUACAACUCAUCACAAAAUCUCUGUAGACUUGAUAGCUCAACAGGUAGAGCAGUGGACUAGAUUCCUGAUUAUUGAGAGUUUAAAUCUCGUGUACUUAUAAAGAAUAAGAACUCAUCACUAAUCUCUGUCGGCUUGAUAGCUCAACAGGUAGAGCAGUGGACUAGAUUCCUGAAGGUUGAGAAUUUAAAUCUCGUGUAUACUUAUAAAGCAUUACAACUCAUCACAAAAUCUCUGUAGACUUGAUAGCUCAACAGGUAGAGCAGUAGACUAGAUUCCUGAAGGUUGAGAUUUUAAAUCUCGUGUACUUAUAAAGAAUAAGAACUCGUUAGCAAUCUCUGUAGACUUGAUAGCUCAACAGGUAGAGCAGAGGACUAGAUUCCUGAAGGUUGAGAGUUUAAAUCUCGUGUAUUUAUAAAGGAUAAGAACUCAUCACCAAUCUCUAUAGACUUAAUAGCUCAACAGGUAGAGCAGUGGACUAGAUUCCCGAAGAUUGAGAGUUUAAAUCUCGUGUACUUAUAAAGGAUAAGAACUCAUCGCCAAUCUCUGUAGACUUGAUAGCUCAACAGGUAGAGCAGUGGACUAGAUUCCCGAAGACUGAGAGUUUAAAUCUCGUGUACUUAUAAAGGAUAAGAACUCAUCACCAAUUUCGCAGCCUACAAUUUCAGAGAAACAUUUGUACGCUACUUUUCAUUCAUUAUAAACCUCUGGGAAUCUCUUGACGAACGGCUCGUCAGAUAAUUUUUGGCAGCAAAGAAAACCUCAAACUUAACUUCUAGAGUAACUUUCAUCGAAAAAUAUAACAUAUUUAACAUAAAGUUUAAAAAUGUAGGUCAACAUUGAACUUUGUAAGUCAAACUAGCAUGGCCUAAAAUUUUUGGCCACAAAAAGUUCGCAAUUCGCACCCUGAAACAACAGCUCUUGACGAAUAAUCCAUCGGUUUCUGGCGUUUAUAGCAGGGGCGGAUCUAGUCUCAUCUCAAAGGAGGAGUGCAGGUUUUCCAUGGGGUGGUGCAAGAGGGAGCCUUACUGCCCACUCCCCUCUGCAGUCUGCAACGCUACUAUCCCAACACUACCAUUAUUUGAGAUGGCCAAAUCUGCAUGUUCGCCGUUCUGUUGCGUUUUAUAUUAUCUUUUCUUUAUAAAGUAUAUAUCGGCUUUUUAUCACGUAUGCAUGAUUGGACAGUUGCUGUAGCACAGUACAGUAAAUUUGCUUGUUAACGUAUACAGUAUAUUUGAAAAUAUGGCUGUACAACAACCUCGCUAAUCGCUAUUCGCAUAGGGGGUGGUACUGGACUUCUCUAGGGGCGGUGCUAGACACCCCUGGUUUAUAGACAAACGUCUCUAAUACACCACUAACUCUCUCUUGUUUACGAACGAUCGUUCAUGACGAAUCGUUUGCGUCUAGUAUCAACCACGCAAUGGUUAUCGUAAUAUCAGGGCCGUAGCAAUCAUUCAUUUUUCAAAAUCAUGCAGACCUUUAUCAUUUAAUCCAUGAAAAACUGCAAAGAAUGAAGAUAUUACCCAUACUUUCCUGCAACUUAUCCAAUAUAUAGUUAAUUUACUUAAUUAAAUACGCCUUCGCCCAUUUAGUACUACUGAAUUGUAAAUUUCGACAUACUAUAACGCUGUUUUCUGACCAUCAGAAUUCUGUCAAAUCUUCCCCAAAGUCCAGGAAAUGGCAUUUCAGAGACUCUAAAUUUAAAAAUUUCCUCCGGCCUUCGGCCAGACCCCCCCCCCAAUCGAAAAGAGCUUCCUACGGCCCUGAAUAUUGAUGAAUUUUUCAGGUAAACCCGAUGUGAACGUUAGGCUGGACAAUAAUACAGUUGAAAAAGUUGAUUACAAUGAAAGAUUUCACUGGAACUCACCUUGGGCGCAGGGACGUAUUGGCUUCGGACCAUUUGGUUAGUAUGACCAUAGUUCUCUACAUCUCUUUAUCUUUAAAUCUAGUGCAGGGAGGAGAGAAAUUAGUAUCAACAUAAAACAGUUGUUUAAACACUACUAACUUUAUUUAUAUUGGAUCGUUUUCCAAACUAUUCAACUUAGAGGUCCAGUAAGAGUCAUCUCUUAUUGAUCCAGUGUCACUACAAGAGGAACCCUGAACUAAACGAAUUUUAUUAUGCUGGAUAGCUCUAUCAGUUCUAAACUGUUCUCCCUGGAUCAUCUCUUAUUGGCCCAGUGUUACUUCAGGAGGGAACGUAAACUAAAUGAACUUUAUUUAUACAGGAUAGCUCUAUCAGUUCUAAACUAUUCUCCCUACAGGUCCAAUAAGAGUCAUCUCUUAUUGAUCCAGUAUUACUACAGGAGGAAACCUAAAUUACUAAACUAACUUUAUUUAUACUGGAUAACUCUAUCAGUUCUAAGCUGUUCUUCCUGGAGGUCCAGUAAGAGUCUUCUCUUGUUGAUCCAGUGUUACUACAGGAGGAAACCUAAACUAAACUAACUUUAUUUAUACUGGAUAUCUCUAUCAGUCCUAAACUGUUCUUCCUAGAGGUUCAGUUAGGAUCAUCUCUUAUUGAUCCAGUGUUACUACAGGAGGAAACCUAAACUAAACUAAACUAACUUUAUUUAUACUGGAUAGCUCUAUCAGUUCUAAACUGUUCUCUUUACUACAUAGCCUAUAUAAAUUGAAAAUGCGUCCAAAAUGUUUGCGUAUUCUAAAUCACGAGGAUGUUGAUUCUAACUCUACACUUUCUUUCAGCCGGCAAAAUCAAUCGUGACUUCCGUGAAGCUCAAUUCAAAGGACUACCUUACGCCAUAUUAUGGAUAGCUGAAUACUUCACGAUUGACGGAGAAAAUAUCCGGUGGGGGAGAUCGUACCGAAUGGCAGGCUUUUAUACCCAUAUAUGUUUAUGGUAUGUACAUUUCUCGUACACGAUGAUAACGGCGGUUCAUCAUCACCAUCAUGCAUCACCAUCGUCAUUACCAUCAUUAUCACCACCAUCACCAUCAUCAUCACCAUCAUCAUCAUCACCACCACCACCAUCAUCAUCACCACCAUCAUCAUCAUCAUCAUCAUCACCAUCAUCACCAUCCUCACAUCACCACCACUAUCAUCAUCAUCACCACUAUCAUCAUCAUCACCACCACCAUCUCCACCAUCAUCACCACCACCAUCAUCACCACCACCAUCAUCAUCACCACCACCAUCAUCAUCACCACCACCAUCAUCAUCACCACCACCAUCAUCAUCACCACCACCAUCAUCACCAUCCUCACAUCACUACCACCAUCCUCACAUCACCACCAUCAUCAUCAUCAUCACCAUCAUCACCACCAUCAUCAACACCAUCAUCAUCACCAUCCUCACAUCACCACCACUAUCAUCAUCACCACCACCAUCAUCAUCAUUAUCAUCAUCAUCACCAUCAUCACCACCAUCAACCACCACCACCAUCAUCAUCAUCUUCACCACCAUCAUCAUCAUCAUCAUCGUUAUUGAAUUUAAACGUUAUAUUUCUUGAUUUCUCACUAUCUACAUUCCAUGCCAUAACAAUCUCCUCCUCUACUGUUCUAUAAUAUGUCAAUCAUGAGAGGGGUGUGUCUACAACACUACAACCAUCAUCAUCACAAUCGCAUCACUAUCAAACGAUCGUCACGAUCACAAUUAUCAUCACCCCAUCAGCACCAUCACCUCAAGACCCAUCACUAACACCAUCUCCUCUAUAUUUCAGGACUGCCUUUGCUACAUGGUUAAUCACUCUCAUACUAUUUUUCGUGGUGAUAUCCUACGCCUCACUCUUCCUGGGAAUAACUGGCUCAAUCAUGGUAUUAGGAAACAUUAUCUACGGGACACUACGUUGGGGUCCUGAUCUGGUCAUACCAUUUAACUCUCAUGCUAAACUUGAACCAACUUACGGAUGGUGCUUCUAUCUCUCCUUGCUUACAGGUUCGACUCGUAACUUCAUUGACACUGGAUAGUUCUAUCAGUUCUAAACUGUUCUUCCUAGAGGUUCAGUAACGAUCAUCUCUUAUUGUCCAGUGUUACUACAGGAGGAAACCUAAACUAAGCUAACUUUAUUUACACUGGAUAGCUAUAUCAGUUCUAAACUGUUCUCCCUAGAGGUUCAGAAUAGAUCAUCUCUUAAGGCUAACUUCCACUCAGGAAAAUCAUCCGUGGAUUGGAACGGACAAGAAAAUUUUCUUUGUGUUAAAGUCAUUAGUUCCAACCCAGAGCUCACAAGAUAAAGAAAAAUUUUCUUGUCCGUUCCAAUCCACGGAUAAUUUUCCUGAGUGGAAAUUAGCCUUUAUUGAUCCAGUGUUACUAACUUUAUUAAACUAACUUUACUGAUACUGGAUAGCUCUAUCAGUUCUACUGUAAACUGUUCUUCCUAAAGAUCCCGUAAGGAUCAUCUCCUAUUGAUCCAAUGUUACUUCACGAGGAAACCUAAACUAAAGUAACUUUAUUAAUACUGCAUAUCUCUAUCAGUUCUAAACUGUUCUUCCAAGGGGUCCAGAAUAGAUCUUAUUGAUCCAGUGUUACUACAAGAGGAAACCUAAAGUAAACUAACUUUAUUGAUAUUGGAUAGCUCUAUCAGAUCUAAACUGUUUUCCCAAGAGGUCCAGAAUAGAUCAUCUCUUAUUGAUCCAGUGUUACUACAACAGGAAACCUAAACUAAACUAACUUUAUUUAUAUUGGAUAGCUCUAUCAGUUCUAAACUGUUCUCCCUAGAGGUUCAGUAAGGAUCAUCUCUUAUUAAUCCAUUGAGUGUUACUACAGGAGGAAACCUAAACUACAGUACACUAACUUUAUUUAUACUGGAUAGCUUUAUCAGUUCUAAACUGUUCUCCCUAGAGGUCCAGUACGACAGAAAGAAACCUCAACUGAACUAAUUUUAUGUACGUAUAAUUUUAUAUUCCUAGGUAUUGCCUGUAUAAUCCUGGCUGUAGUAAUUUACGUCAUCGACCUGUUCAACCCAACAGUGACUGCCUCAUUUUUCAACAUUGAUAUUCUCACAACUUUCGAGGACGAGGUGAUAUUUAAGACAACAGGCGGUGGCGAAGACGACGAGGGUGACAGGGAGCCAAACGGAGACGCUCAAGAAAUGAGGCCUGUCGAGGGAAAUGCAAAUGGUGAACCGAGAGUUGGGGAUGGCGAAGAGCAUUAUGGGAAUGUUGAGGUAUGAACC